GGCGGAGCUGUCCGCUCAGCACCGCGCGGCGGGCCGCGCCGCCAGCAUGCGCGGGGGCCGGGGCCGGGGCCGGGAGCGCCGGGCGCCGCGGGGCCGCCGCCGCUGCGGGGCCGGGAGCGCAGCUGAAGCGGGUGCGGUGGCGCAGCUUUGCCAGCGAGCCAUGGGGCAGGAACAGAGAUUUUGAUGCCUCUUCCGGAAGUCCCCAGAGCCAUGACUGCAACUGUGCAGACGCUGCGGUUCAAGCUGCUGCCACACGAGCCGGGCCAGGAGUGGGGGCACAGCUGCCAGCAGGAAAUCGAGCGUCGCUACCAGGUGGUGCCCUCAGUGGUGUGCGCCAUGUGCUGCCUCUUCGGCAUCAUCUACUGCUUCUUCGGCUACCGCUGCUUCAAGGCCGUCAUGUUCCUGACAGGGCUGAUGUUCGGCUCCAUCAUCAUCUUCAUGUUGUGCUACAAGGAGCGGGUGCUGGACACGCAGCUGAGCGUGGAGGCCUCGGUGGGCAUCGGGCUGGGCAUCGGGGUCCUGUGCGGGCUGGUCACCAUGCUGGUGCGCAGCGUCGGCCUCUUCAUGGUGGGGCUGCUCCUGGGGCUGCUGCUGGCAGUGGCCACACUGGUGGUGAUGGAGCAGUUCUACCACCCGCCAACGGUGUGGAUCCCCAUCGCGCUGCUCCUGGGCGUGGGGAUGCUCUUCGCCGUCCUCACCCUGCAGUGGCAGCGCUUCUUCACCACACUCUCCACUGCCGUUUUCGGCAGCGCCAUCAUGACCGUCACCGUUGACUACUUCAUCGAGCUCUUCCUCCUGGUGCAGUACAUCUACGAGCGCAUCAAGGUGGCCCCUGCUCGCCCUGUGUGCUGGUACAGCUGGGUCAUCCUGGGUGUUUGGCCACUCCUCACCACGCUGGGCGUCCUGGUCCAGUGGAAGGUCACGGCCGAGGGCUACUCCCACACUGAAGUGAUCAUCAGCCGGCAGCAGCGCCGCGUGCAGCUGAUGCGCAUCAAGCAGCGGGAGGACCGAAAGGAGAAGAAGAAGAAGCGGAGACCACACCACCCGCCUCCCCAUCAGCACAAAGCCCACCCACCCGAGCCCGCCUACCGCCGCAAACCCAACCCUGUGCGCCGCUUUGAUGGGGACGUGCUCUCCCCUAGCUACAUCCAGAGUUUUCGAGAGCGGCAGACGGGCCCAUCUCUGAACAGCCUCAUCGCCAGCUCCCAUGCCGUGGUGGACCUGGACUAUGACUGCAGCUCCACUGUGCCCCUCACCACGGGCUCCGGCCCCGCCGUGCGGGUAUAAGCCAACCCAGUGACCUCGAGCGACACCAGCAUCCCAGCCUGCUCCGACAGACCCCCUGGGACAGGCGGGGCUGUGCCCUUGGCCCCGGGCAGCCAUGCGCGCCCCGGGGCUGCGGAUGGACACCCUGGGGACACGUGGGACUUGGCUGGGCGAGCCCUAGCUGCCCACGGGGCCUGGAGGCACUGGGGGAGCCCUCCGGCAGGGACUCAGCCCAAGGACCGGGGACACCAGCACCCAUGGACGCAUGGUGCAAGCGGCUCUGUGUGUUUCUCCAUGGCCCGGGCACGCUCAUCCUGCAUCCCAACAUCUCCCUCUCCAUGUUUGAGCCCCCCUUUCCCAAGAGCAGCUCCCCAUGCCUGCCCCCACCCCAUCGCUCCCCCAGCAACUGCCCAAGUGCCUGUGCCCCACAUCCCUUCCUCAAAGAGCAGGUCCACCAGCCCUUGCCCCCCCAGGGACUCCCCCAAGCAUGUGUGCCCCGUCCCACCCUGGUCCCGAGAGCAGCUCCCAGGCAGCGCUUCCCAAACCCUGUCUCCUCAGAAGGUCCCCUUGCCCUAGACACCCUCCCUGCCCCCCAGAGCAGCUCGCUUCCCCCCCACUUUUCCUGAGCUGGACCCGGGGUGGUCCUAGGGCAGAGGCUGCCAGGGCCAGGCAGUUCCUCUGAGGAUGCUGCCCUGGGGUGAUGCCGUGUACACCCCCCAAAAUGUUUCAAUGGGAGACAGGACACUGAAUCCAGCCUUUGGGCAGAGGCUGGGCUGCCUCAGGGACGUGGGGACCCCCAUGGCGUCAGAGGCCGUCGCUGUUUUGCUGGCGACUGGAUUUUAUAGUGGCCGGGGGGGCCCGGGGAUCGGGCCGAGCCUCCGGCUGGGGCAGGGCAGGAGCCCCAGAGCACCGCUGCUGGCAGAGGCUCCCGCCUUGUAUAUAUUUCUCUUGCUGUGAUUUGUAUUAAUUUAUUACGGAGCGAGCCAGGACUUCCCCAUGGCCAGGCAGGCAGGAUGGCGGGCAAGACUGGACCGGGGCACCCCCCUGCUUUGGGAGCCCCCCCAGCCCAGCCCAGCUGGCCCCGCUGCCCCGGGAACUGCAUGUUUCUGCCAGGCACCCCCAUUCCCACAGCGCCGUGCCGCCGUCCCCCUUUUCAGUCUCUUUUGUAAAUGUGCCAAACGCUGCUGAGGCCAUGGCCGCACAGUAAAGAGCCUUUCGGA